CAUGAAGGUCACCGUCAUAUGAGAAGAGCCUGUAACAAUCUUCUCUCUUUCACCAACCACCAUCAUGUCGGUCGAUCCGCAGCAGCUGUUGGACACGCUCUCGAGCCAGGUUCGCCAAUACGCCGACGUUGCUUCCGAAUUCAUUGAUAAGAAUGUCGACCGCGCCGCCGUAGUUGUCAGAGAGACUCUGUCCAGCUCGGAAUGGGUGCCAGAGUCUGUCAGGCCUAAGCCUGCGGUGAAAGAAGUGGUGGCAGUCGUUUCUUUGGGGCGCUUCGAAAGGCUCCAGAACUGGAUUGCCGAGCACAAAAUCUUGACUGGAAUGAUUGUCUUGACCUGCGGAACCGUCGUUUAUAAAGGAUACUAUGAAAGUCGCUCAAUGAGGAAAACAAGACGAGCGAGAAGGGCACGAAAUGGCGGGCGCACUGAUGUCGUCGUUAUCGCCGGAUCCCCAUCUCUUCCUUUGACAAGGUCUUUGUCUUUGGAUAUGGAGAGACGGGGUUUUAUCGUCUUCAUCGUUUGCAACGCCGCAGAAGACGAAUCCAUGGUUCAGGCUAUGAAGCGACCCGAUGUUCGACCUCUGAGCAUUGAUACCACUGAUCCUCCUAACGCUGGUUCUGCCAUCGAACAUUUUGCCCACUUCCUCCAGUCACCUCAGGCUCCUGGCCCUGGAAUGAAGCCCAACCAGCUCACUCUGAAAUCCGUUAUCCUGAUCCCGAGCCUCCACUACCAGACGUCUCCUAUCGCAACAAUCCCACCAUCUAGCUUUGCCGAUCUUUUCAAUACCCACCUCCUCCAGCCCAUCCUUACAAUCCAGGCUUUCCUACCACUACUCACAUCCCGCUUGAACCCCAUCGGAGAAAAAUGGAUUCCUCCCAAGGUUCUUGUCUUUACUCCCUCUAUUAUUUCCUCAAUCAACCCCCCAUUUCAUGCGCCUGAGGCUACCGUUUGCUCGGCCCUGUCCGCUUUCACGGAAGUCCUCACCGCCGAACUUAGACCCCUCGAUAUUCCGGUUACCCACAUGCAGCUCGGCACGUUCGACUUCUCCAGUUUCGUCCCGACUCGUGGCGGUCCCAACCAAGGCCUCGUCACCGCAGGAAAUCCCGAGUCUCCUCUUGUCUGGCCUGAGGGCGCCCGACACGUGUAUGCUCGAAACUUUGUCGCACAAACUAGCUCUGCCAUCUCCGGAGGUCGUAUCCGUGGACUGAAGGGAAGCUCGCUUCGACGCCUCCACAACUCUGUUUUUGAUGUGAUUGAUGGUUCCAUCACUGCUGAUACCGUACGAGUUGGCCUCGGUGCCAGCGUGUAUGGCUUCGUUGGACGAUGGGCCCCGCGAGGUCUCGUCUCAUGGAUGAUGGGCAUCCGCCGAGUUGACGAGCUCUCCACUUGGAAGACAAGCUCCUAUGAAGGUUCAGAAAGCAGUGACGAGGACGACGAGAGCGAGAAGGGCGAAGGAGAAUCAACCGAAUUUGUCGCCGUUCCAUCAGAUGCUAACGUCUGGCAUGCUGACAAUGAGGGAGCUAUGUGGACUCCCCAGGCAUCUGAGACCGCUUGAGCGAUCAAGAUUGAAAUUUAUGCUGGAUGUCCUAUGUAAACUGGAUCUGCAUAACACGCAUUAUGAUGGGACAUGUAAAACGUUCGAUUUUGUUACAUAUAGACGCCGCCACGACUCCAACUCUUGAAUGAUUUUAACACUGCAGCCACUGGAAAAAUACAAAUCCAGUUGCCUUACUUUCGACCAUUGCUUUGAGGGUCACAGUUACAACAAGUUCUUGACAUGGGAUUCGUGUGGGUAUCAUCAUGAACUGAGUAAAAGUACAACAAGUAAAUAUGUUACUUAGUGACCUCUUCCACGGUAACGGCCUCUUCCUCGCCAUUUGCCUCGGCCACCAUGACCACCAUGGCCUCCUCUAUAUCUGCCCCCAUCAUCCCGAUCUCUAUCUCUCUGUUGGUCGCGUGACCUAUCCAUAUCAUCCUGCGCAGGAUCCAUCCGAAUGUCGUCUUCUUUCUUCUCCUCUGACUUGAGGGUUGGCUUCUCCAGAUCCUUUGACCACUUGGGGUGGGCGCCUUCCUUGCAUUCAGGUCCAUCGGGACAGAACCCCGCCAGGUAGAAAACACAGAGCUUCCUACGCACGUGCUUCUUUGAACAGUUGGGUCCGAGGGGGCAGAACCCCAUAUCGUAGUGAGGGCAGGGUGGCAGCCGACUUUGGGGGUCGAUGUGCAGGUAUAGACAUUCGUCACCGUUCGAGCAAUACCCGUUUCGCAUAAAGAAAUUACACUCAGGCAUCUUUCGAAGAUUGUACUCGUGGAGGAACUCGCAAUGCUCGCCCUUCUUGCACAAGCCACGCAGCCAAUGUUUACACACGAGCGAGUUGAGACCACCACUCGGCUGUGACGUCUUAGAAUCAGAGACGUGUCGUUCAGGACAUCGUGUGCCGUUGGGGCAGUGGCCCGACUGGAAAGCUUUGCAUAUAGGCCGGUCGGGAGACAGGCCGACCUGAUACGUUUGUCGGAGAAAUGGCGAGAAGCGGAAGUUGUAGGGCGUGGCAGAGUGGUUGAGGAUGGCGGCGGCAGGAGAUUCGACGGCGCCGGGCAUGGUGUGCGAGAAUGGCGCAGGCUGAUCGCCUAUAGAGGAUGGAGUGAUUGAUUUAUUGCUAGUAAUGUUCUUUCAAAAUUCCGCCUCGGGUGGUUGUGGAUGCUGCUUUGUGCGCGCUGUAAUAACUAAGGUAGUUGCUCUGUUGAUGUCAAGGUCAAGAUUUAGGCCAAAGCUUUGGUCGCUAACAUUUUCCAUAGCUACAGGUACAAUGCGGCGAUCGAGGUUUGUCAGCGACUAGGAUCGCCGCCAUGCCAACGUCACUCCACACAAGCUUCCAGGUCCCUUGAACUUGUGGACUUGAGCUUCGCUAUCCUCAUACGCCCAUUUUAAGAUAUUAUUUGUUUGCCAUGACAUUCUUAUAUUAUUUAAACUGUUUAAGGUAUCUUAGCGAAGGAAGGGAAGUGCUUACUAGCUUACUUCCACGGUAAACUCUUGUCAUCGCCACCACAGGUGUUUUGGCAAGACACAGCAGGAACCAGGCAUCUCCUGAACCUCCAUCUUGUCUUCCAUCCUCAAAUGCUGACCAUGAAGGUCUUUCUGCCUCAGUAACCACAAAAUUCGAGAGAAAUCACGAAUCAGAACCAAGACUCGCCACGGAGCCUUGUUCCCUAUACUUCUGGCCAUAAACGAUACGACAGUUCAUGUAUCGGGCUUUCAACGGCUUGAUAGCCAUCGAACCAAUCAGAUCCAUGAUGUUAGCUUCCAUCAACUUCCCCAAGUCUCUCAUUCCUUCGUCCUGUGACCAGCAUGAGAUGGGCACUUUCUCACUGACCGCCUGAACUUGAGUGAAGCCAGCGGCUAUGAGACUUUUCCGAACGUCUUUCUUACCAAAGUUGGUACAGCCGUAUUUUCGUAUCCCCUGAGCGCAUGUGUCGAAGAAAACUCGCAAUGGAUCAUCUGUUUGCAUGGUACCAUCAUCGCAGCGAACUGUGUAGUCGUAAUCUUGAAACUCGAUCCAUCCGCCCUCCUUCAGAUGUCUUCUCUUUAUUAGCUGGACAUCACAUAUGAGGCAUUCGACUCACUCGUGGGCAUUAGCAACCAUUGUGUCCAAGUCGAGAAGAAAUCCGACCAUUCCCCUGAGAUGUACCAUAUCAAAGUCCUUACCACUGGCCCAGCAGGGGUCCUCGCAGUCUUCAACAAACAUGGAUGUAUUCGGAGGCAUUGAUUUAGGCUGAAUGGGUGAUAGAUCGGUUCCUAUCACACUGGUCUUGUCAUACUCAUCGGCCACUGGGUCUUGUUAGAAGGGCAGCUGGAAUAUUUCCAUAUAAGCUCACCGUCUAUCACCCAUGCCCCUACAAACUGUAAGCACAGAACAGCCAAACGUGUACUUGUCACUCACCAUUUCCUGUCCCGAGAUCGAUUAUCUUCUCCGCUUCGUUGUCAACUUCAGACAGAAAGAAUUUACCACCCUGCAUCAACCAGAUGGUUAGCUAUUGCUUUGACUCUAAUCGCUGUUGCCCAAGAACCUUAACAUACCAGAAGCUGCUGCAUCAGGAAAUGUUCAGCUAGCUCGCGACACUGCUCGCCUUCGUCAUUGGGUAGCGGAUAUCUGCCAGCCAAAUAGGCGUGAUAACGUCGGCCGUGAGAGUGCUCAUAGUCGAAUAUGCUGGCUGCCAAUGAAGUGCAACAGCUUGACUCAUCGUCCUGUUGCAAGCAUUCAGAACGAGCAUCGUGAAACACAAGCUCAAAUUCAUCCGUGUCCUGGUCCGUUGGGGUGUAUGUUGUUUCAAUACCUGGCUCGGAAAUGAUCGAGAAAGAGUGACUAUCAGACUCUGGCAUCUUGGUUGUGAACUCGCGGAAAGAAAUUGAAAGGAAGACAACACAGCUAUACAGAAUAGGGACUCGGCGCUGUUUAUCAUCUGUUGGGAUGCUCUACUACGGUUGCGCCACAUUGAUCAUCUCUGUAAAACCAGCCAAGUACACAAGGGAUGAGAAUUUCUGGCUUCAGUAUUAUCAAUAUAUGCGGGAGGUCAUCUGCACGUUUGCUACCGUGAUGGUGACCCCUCCUUCUCGCAGGACUUCACCUCUCAACAUUGGUGAGAUACACCUCAUGUGGUAUGUUUCGCUACAGCCUACAUGCUUGUGCGAGUUGUUGGUGAUAAGCUAUGCGGAUGGCGCAUAACGACAAUAUGCGAUUCGACUGUUGGUCCGGAUUGCGAAGAAGGGGGGCCAACUGCGUUUGUUUGCUUCUCAUGGGGCGCUGUGCCGAAGUAAGGCGAAGAGGCCCCUCAGUGAACCUAAAACUGAAACAAAAUUCAAGUCAGUUGGUCAUAUACAUUCCAUUG